AUGUUAACAUCGACGUUAACAAAGGUAUCAACAACAGCAGCAACGCUUAUAGCUUCUGGCCAAAGUAUCAUCCACAGCAGCAGCAUCAACAUUGGUAUCCACUCAAAGCAUGACAACAAGAAUCAUGAGCAAAAGUAUUUCAUCUGCAGGUGCUGCCAGUGUAGUAGUGGCCUUUGUGGAAUUCCUACAAACUCUGUGGCACCACCACAAUCAACAACAAAUAAACCAACAGCAGCAGCAGUGACAACAACAACAACAACAUCAACGACCACAAUUACCUCAGAUCCGGGCAUUUUAUGCUUCCAUCAUUGCAAUGUGAAAGUUUUCUGUUUUACAUUGCCACACAUUUGUCCACAAUGUAAAACGGCAUUGGACACACAUCCCAGCGUGGAUCAGGACUCAGAUGACGAUGAGAAUUCAAAUGAUUCUGUUUGUCACAUUAUGAACAGUCUCCUCUUGCCAUUCUGCUUACCUUAUCAAUUUAUGCGGGCCAAUCAAUAUCCUUGUGCUAUAGUUUUACGUCUUACCGCAGGUGAUUUUCUCAAUGAUUAUAAUGAUACCACGGAUUUGCAUAUUGCUGUGACAACAUCGACCGGUUGUGUUGUCGAAUUUGAUCGGCAUGGCUUACGACGUCAUCGUACAGCCAAUAUGACAGAUUGGUGGCAAUGUCUAUUGGUGGGUGAUGUUCCAGAGCCCUGGUACGUCAUAGAGUUGCGUGAUACCGGUAUUUAUGUGCAUCACAAUAAGCUGCGUUAUGGUGGUGCUGGCAGUAGUAGCAGCAGCCGUUGA